AAACAACAAAUUAAUGUUUCGAAAAUAUCGCUCUCUUUACUUUGAAAGUGAAAAAGUGCAAGAAAAAAGUGGCAGAAAAUCCUGUGGAAAGAAUUUCCAAGUUCCGCUUUGAUGAAUUUCAAAUAUCUAGCUUUGUUUCAGCUGAAAUAUGGCGUUUGUGACCUGGUGUCUGUUGUUAUUCCCCGUGCCUUCCUUCAUAACCCUGUCUAGCAGGGAAAGGUGCGGCUUCGGAGGACUGGGACUCGGAAUUGAUUCCGAUGCAAAGUUUCUCUAUCAAAUCAGUCAUGGUGAUGUUGAGAGUGCGGGCAAUUCUUGGAAACGAUUUCAAAACGAUACCGGGGACAGAAAGCAUUUUCAAAUUUAAGAUGAUUGGCGUAAACGAGGCUUAUUUCGUUUAAUCAGAUGCACCACGUUAACGACCUCAUUAGCGAAUGAUAAAUAAGCUGCCUCUACCUGAUUCCUUAUUAGGCAUACAGCACCUGUCAAAGGGUAAAAUAAGAUAUCCCUUACCAAUUUUUUUAUUUUUACAGAAAACAAACAAUUUUGAAAGCCGCAUCUUCCACGACGCAGGAAAACAGCAGUCAUGAACGCAUCCCUUCAUUUUUAAUACUGAAGCUAUAAAUACAACAAGAUCAUGAUGAAUUUUAAGAAUAUCGUUGGAAUUGCUAUAAUACUGCAUGCAGCAGGGAUAUUUUGCUCAAACAAGCAACUAGGUUGUCCGAAAAACUGGAAAAGAUUCGAGAAGUCGUGUUACCUAUCACCAAAGUUAUCCCUCAACUGGCGCGCUGCUGUUUUCAACUGCAGUGAAUAUAAUGCUCACCUGGUCACAGUCUCCAAUGCAAGAGAAAACUCUUUCCUGAUUCGAGAAUUCGUCAUUACACAACAGCACAGCAGGCAUUUUUGGCUCGGCUUACACAGAGCACCUUCCGAUCCUUCGAAGUGGUUGUGGGUCGACGCAUCCCCUGUGACAUUCCGGGACUGGUACUCAGGGCAGCCUGACAAUUAUCGCCAAGAAGAGUUUUGUGGAGAGAUGUAUGUUCUUGAAGUUCGCAACGGUGUGGUGAAAUGGAAUGACUUAAACUGUUCCCGGAGUUCAACUUUUAUUUGUGAGAAAGAACUACUCGCUUUGCCUUCGUGUACAGAGGACAACGGUGGCUGUCAACAUUUUUGUUCCUCAUCGAAUGAUCGUAUAGUUUGUACGUGUAAAGAUGGAUUCAUCUCUGAAAAGAAUGGAGUGGUAUGUGUUGAUCCUAAGAUUUAUUGGUCACAAGAAAUUCAACACAAAGCCAACAGCUCGUUUAAUGUGGCUCUACUGGUCAUGCAGCUGGUAUCACUUAUUCUUCUCCUUCCAAUGGCGCUGGUUCUAGUGUCGUUCUACAGAAUAGUUUCAAAGCAAAGAAGACGAGCAAACACCCAAUUUCAUUCCGCAGUGGUAAAUUCAUCACUGUCUCAAGAUGAAAGCUUCAGAAACCAGAAUACCCGGCUUACUAACGCAACAUAUGAAAACAGUGGCAUCGGUGAUAAUGUUUAGUUAGUUGAAAGAUUAACACAUCUUGAAUGAUAAUGAAUCUUAAUGAUAUGUUUGUAUGGUUAUCCAAAGCUAUAAGUCACCUCAUACGAUAUUUAGGGAAUAUUUUAGGUGUAUGAUGUAGUUCAAUUCUUUCGAGUUUCAAUUCAUGUGGGAAAUAAAAUGGGAAGACUA